AAACGAGAAGCCGCCACGACGCCCGUCCAACCUCAUCUCUAUUCUCAUCUGUUGGCAUGGCCACGAUUCACCGAGAGUCUGAUGACUUGUUGCAGCCGCCACCUGGCAUUCGCUCGAAGAGGGAUUUGACGGCCCUUUGUGAAGUCUGGGAUUCUGAGACUGGCGCGUUCCGCCGUUCAACUUUCGCCUACCUCGAUGGACACGACAAUGCGUGGUUUGGUCAGACACCUGGCAUACGAAAGUACGAUUUGACCGUGGAAGUUCUGGGACGACACCUGGAGAAGAUUCCGGACGAAAAAAUCUAUCCGUUAGCGACACCGCUUAUCAACACCGUAUCAGAAGCGGACCGAAAGAACCUCUUCAUCAAACGCCCUAAAUUAUUAUGCCUUGACAACGAAGAAGAAACGGCCCUUCUCCCUCAAAUGCUUCUCGAAGAGGCGGAGAUCUUGGAGUUCCUCAAGCGAAACCAUCACCCAAAUCUUGUCAAGUACUACGGCUGUACCGUCAAUCGCGGUCGUAUCACCGGAAUCGCCCUCGAGAAGCACGCGAUGGUUCUGCAAUAUCGGUAUGAGGAUGAUCCUCGUGAUCUCGACAUAACUGUCUGCAUGAACGGUAUUCGAGCGGCUGUCAGGCAUCUCCAUUCUCUGGGACUAGCACACAAUGAUCUUAAUCCUAUGAACAUUGCCCUUGAUGGUAAUGACAGCCCAAUCGUCCUUGACUUUGGGUCUUGUAAGAGAUUUGGCGAGCAGCUUCUAUCCGCAGGCACGGCUGGCUGGGUAGAUGAAAGCUAUUCCAUAUCGGCACAGCGACAUGAUGAAUCUGCAAUAGAUAAAAUAGAGGCAUGGUUGACGAGGGAGAGGGACGCAAGAGCGAAGACCGGCAUUCUAUGUACGUGAAUGACAUUUGGCUUGUGGACCAGUUAAGUUGGAAGAACGGCAGCGACUUGAUGCAUGGCUGCAUGGUGUCGAUUUGAGAUAACGAUUGACACACAACAUGAUGCCACGCAGUUCAACCAACACGCCGAUCAGAACCUCCCUUUUCCUCGGAAUGUUCGUUGAUGAAUUCCAUCGAUUCAGCCUGUCUCUUCUAGGUACUUGGAGCUUGAUAGCGACCUGACGUCCGGCAAUUUGUUCUCCCACAAUCUACUCUUCUGACCUCCGCGAUCCGUCGUGUCGUACCAUCAGGGUUCUCGACAACCUUGAUCGUAGUUACUUGGGUGC